CACUGGAAUCGAGCGCAACAUGUGGAAAACCAUCCAGUGCGCACUCAAUCGAUUCAGCUUUCCGCCACAGCAGUGUUUUCUAUCGCUUUCAACCCCCGUUUUAUAUGAGCAUGCUUUUAUCUAGCUAAUCGUAGGGCGACUUUUCAACGUUUUCAAGCUCUGCCAUGCCUCCAAACGACGCGAAUCUCGGCUACGCUUACCAAGUGCCGACCGGAGGAUGGACGGCCAAAGUCCGAAACGCCCUGUCUCAAUUCAGCGACAUUUUCAGCGAAUUUGAUAAGUACAUUGCGCCAGCUUACCAUCAUGAUCGCUGCGAACGGUCGGUGCAAAUGCGCCUGUAUUCGAUGAACAAAAGGGAGUUUGUGAUGAUUUUCAUUCUGUUCUUCGCCUGCUUUGGGCUAACAGUUUUCAUCGGUCUGGCUGGUCCCCCCAUAACGGAGACCACUGCAGUUGAUGCCAUUUCCAUCCUGCCGAAGCUGAAUAAUGCCACGAACUUCAAAGACAUCGCUACCGGGCCGUUUAUAAUGAAAACCCCGAAGCUUUCCACUUACAAUCAGCAGCUGUGGAUAAUCGCCAAGAUGAAGACGCAGAAUACCGAUGGUGAAACCAUUGACAAAGAGUUUGAUAUUUGCGUAACAUUGUCUGGAUUAACUGAAGAGCACAAACCUGCGAAGAUCCUCACGGCGAAAAACCACCAAAACAGGACUCACCAUUUGCGCUGCGAUAAACAGGCAUGUGACGAAUUUAUUGUGAUGCAUUUGGGAUAUCUGGAUUACACUCACUACAUGGUGAAUAUUGCGUUUUAUGACCUGGAAACCUUCCAUGCGACCUACAAUAUUCGAGAGCUGUAUUUUCACUUCAAAACCUACAAUCCAGACUUUACUCAAAUCGAGGUGUGGUUCCGGCUGAUUUUUUUGAUCGGAGCAUUUGGAAUAACGUGGUGGUUUUGCCAAAGUCUUCGAAAAUACCCCGUACAUUGUUGGUCGUUUGAGCAGAAAUGGGUGGGCAUUCUUCUGCCACUGCUGAUGGCGUUUGAUAACCCUUUUUUCCCCAUGAUGUUUCUGAUGAGUUCCUGGCUUCCCGGGAUGUUGGAUGCCCUGUUCCAGGCCACUUUUCUAGCUGCGCUCUUCCUGUUUUGGCUCAGCAUCUACCAUGGACUUAGACAGAACGAAAGGAACCUCUACACGUUUUACCUGCCGAAAAUCUUCGUUGUGUCCAUGAUGUACGUUCCCACAAUGGUUUUAUCCACUUGGCAAAAAAUUGGAGAGCUGCGCGAUCCGACUUACGAUCACCGAAUUGAGGCUGAUUAUGAGGUUGUAAAGGCAUUUUUCUACAUUUUCGGAGUGAUCUAUCUGGCAUAUUUAGGCUUUCUGAUACUAAAAGCCUAUUCCGAGCUGCGCUCCAUGCCAUUUUUCGGGCUUCGCCUCAAGUUCCUCACGCUCCUCAUGCUAGUAGUGCUGGUAACUGGAGGACUUAUAACGGCGCAUAAGUUUGGAGUGGACAUUUUAGAGGACAACUUUGUGGCCCAGCUGGGCACCCAUUACAGCAAUUCGGAGCAAUUCAUGUCUUUUUAUGGCCUAUUGAACUUGUACGUCUACACCAUGGCCUACGUCUACUCGCCCCAGAAUAAGAGCAUUCAUGAUCAAUCAAUCACGAAGGAUAAUCCGGCUUUUUCCAUGAUCAAUGACUCAGAUGAGGACGUAAUUUACGGGUCGGAUGAGGAGAGCCGAAGGCCUUUAAAUAGAGGACACAAUGACGAUGAUAGCGACUAAACUGUUGGUGAAGACGCAACUUAACUCCUUUGCUGCCUCAUUGAGGCGCUGAUUCAGGAACAUCGGCAUAGGGAAUGAUGAAUAGUCAGGGUAAUAAGUUAAACAUUGGAUUUGAGUUGGAAAUCCGAAAAAAUCAACCAAAACUGCUUGAAAAUACACCAUUUACAACGUAUUUCGAUCUAUUAAGCCUACCCUAUACAUCUAAAGUCAUAAGAACGUAGAUUUAUUUUUGUAUCUGAUUGUUGAGCCAUUUGAAAGACAUAAAACCGCUUGCGUAAAGCAACAUUAAUAGUAACCGCAUAUCAUUUGUUGUAUUGUUUAUACGAAAUUUUGAUGUUGUAGUUGUUGCUCUUAGAUCCAGGGACUUUUUAAGGAUAUUAGGGCAUUUUUGAUGUUCGACGUUAUUUAAGGGUGUCUAGUAAUUUACAAAAUAAAUUUGUUAAACAUUUGAUAAA